GUUUCGACGCGCUCGGAAGCAACUUCUUUUGUCUGCUCACCGCCAGCGUAGGUGCCACCACCGCUGCCGUCGCCGCCGCCAUUUUGAUGGCAGGAAGAGUCCGGUUCUGGGACAGCUGGAGACAGUGGUGGUGACUGAAAUAACUUUACCAAAGGAAAGCUAUUUUGCGAACUAUCCUCUCCAGUGGAGAUGGCCAAUGUGCUUUGUAACAGAGCCAGACUGGUUUCCUAUCUCCCAGGAUUUUGCUCUUUAGUUAAAAGGGUUGUCAAUCCCAAAGCCUUUUUGACUGCAGGAUCAUCAGGUUCGGAUGAGUCUCAUGUGGCUGCUGCACCUCCAGAUAUAUGCUCUCGAACAGUGUGGCCUGAUGAAACUAUGGGACCCUUUGGACCUCAAGAUCAGAGGUUCCAGCUUCCUGGGAACAUAGGUUUUGAUUGUCACCUCAAUGGGACUGCUUCACAGAAGAAAAGCCUGGUUCAUAAAACUUUGCCUGAUGUUCUAGCAGAACCCUUAUCAAGUGAAAGACAUGAGUUUGUGAUGGCACAAUAUGUGAAUGAAUUUCAGGGUAAUGAUGCACCUGUUGAACAAGAAAUUAACAGUGCAGAAACUUACUUUGAAAGUGCCAGAGUAGAGUGUGCAAUACAAACAUGUCCAGAAUUGCUGCGAAAAGAUUUUGAAUCACUGUUUCCAGAAGUAGCUAAUGGCAAACUAAUGAUUCUGACUGUAACACAAAAAACUAAGAAUGAUAUGACUGUUUGGAGUGAAGAAGUAGAAAUUGAAAGAGAAGUGCUCUUAGAAAAGUUCAUCAAUGGUGCUAAGGAAAUUUGCUAUGCUCUUCGAGCUGAGGGUUACUGGGCUGACUUUAUUGACCCAUCAUCUGGUUUGGCAUUUUUUGGACCGUAUACAAACAACACUCUUUUUGAAACUGAUGAACGCUACCGACAUUUAGGAUUCUCUGUUGAUGACCUUGGAUGCUGUAAAGUGAUUCGUCAUAGUCUCUGGGGUACCCAUGUAGUUGUAGGGAGUAUCUUCACUAAUGCAACACCAGACAGCCAUAUUAUGAAGAAAUUAAGUGGAAAUUAGCAGAAAUAUCCAUUUAUUUGCUGUACUAUUUGUAUGUAAUGUUUGGGUUGAUCUAUAAACACUGUCAGACUAAAGUUUUUAAAAUAUACUUAUUUCUAAAAGUA